GAAAGACAGUCGGUGCUUCGAGUCAGUGUUUCUCGCGACGUCCGACGCGCCGCCCGUGCGCACGCGAUCAUGUCGGCCUCAGUCGAAACGAGUUGGAAAGAAAAAAUAAAAAACUCCGUAGAAAUCCCGAUCCUCACCAGAUGUUGCUUUUGCUUUCCUCUUAGAAAAGGUCUCAUCGCCUUCGCUUAUAUCAAUUUGGUGCUGUCUCUCACCGUAGCAAGUUUCCUGUCUUUGUACAUAUCGUUCGCGAGGAAAUCUGACGUGCCCGAGGUGGCCGCAGAAUUCCCACGGCUGGUCGUGGACACCGUCGCGCUGGUGAUAGAGAUCUCCAUGACUGUCACCUUCAUCGUCGCACUACACAGGAAACAUGUGCUACUGAUGAAGGUGUACCUCUACUUCGAGAUCGUGUACUCGGUGAUCGGGUUCAUCUACGGGAUCGCCUUCAUCACCAGCGAGUCUGCCAGCGAGCUGUUCCUAAUACUGUUCCAGCUAAUGUGGCAAAUCUACCUCGCCGUCUUAAUUUGGAGUUCCGUCACAAAGAUGGAAAGGGACGAUACGGUCAAGUACGUGCGCGAAAGGGAUCCCGUAUAAUUUAUACGGAUCUUGUUUGUACGAAAAAGUAGUAUUAAUUAUGGACAAUUUAUUAAAGUUAUUGUGCGCAAUUUGUUAGAGGAAAUCUUUGACAUGAGACGAGGCUGGAAGGUUUCUUCUGUGAAACUUGGAAUUGAUCAACAAAAUCUACACUAUUAUUACAAAGACGAGGUAAAAUUUGUUUCAAAUGUAUGUUUGAGUUAUCUGCUAUAUGUUAAAGUAUAAGUACUUCCAACAUUAUUACCUACCUAGAAACAAGUAAGGAACAAAGUAAAAAAAUCAUUUUAGAGGAGACGUGAUGACAACCUACCAAUGUUUGUUUAUGAAUUUAUCUCUGUCAUGAUUUAUAAGAAUUUUUAUCAAUCCACACGACAGGUUAGGUAAGUUUUUACCUUAGUUAUCUAUCGAAACUAUUAAUGUUAACUUUAAAGAUAUAUUUUAGAAAGUAUUUCCGUGAUAUGAUUGUGAAAUGCGCGUAGAAUUAAAUUGAACGUGUAGACUGAGACUAAAAGUGACUGCAACAUAUUUUUUUCAUAAAAUUACUAAAUUAACGUUUAAUACCAACUUUUUUCACCUGUCCAAUGUCCAUUAAUAUUGUACAGACAUUAAUAAACAGAUAUACAAUUUUAAAUUAUUAAUAUGAGUAGUGAGUGCCUUAUUCCAGUGAGAUUUUGUUAAAAUAAGAUGAGUGGAGUGAUAGAUCUUAUUAUAGCACUAUGAAGGUUACCGUACAUAUAUUUUUGGAAAACAUUUAUUAAAGUAAAA